AUGUAUUUUUGUAGAACAUUAAGUGAAUUAGUACUGUUAACCACAAUGUAAGAAAUUGCUUUAAAAUAUUAGUUAUCAAUUAAUCUAAGCAAGUUGUGAUGUUUUUAAGUUUAUUACCACUCCAGAUACAGGUUCUGCUGAACUGACUUUAGAUCUAACAACUUCAUUAGAAACAGAUUUUGGAGUCGGAGUUUGGACCAGAUUUCAAAGUCAAUUUGAAGAUAAUGAAAGUUUAGAUAAGAAAAUUCUUAAUUAUUUCAUAUUUUCAUAGUUAUAUGAUGGAUCAUUACCUUUGAUCUAUUAUAUAAAAUUGGAUAGAGAAGCUAGGCUCAUCUAUUUUGAAGUGAUAAUAUAAAACAAAGAUAAUUUGUAAUUGAGAGAAUUAGAAGUUAAAUAAGAAAUGGUUGGGUCCAAAUGGGUAUUCUUCUAUUUUUGUUACUCUAACUCAAUUAAAUAAUAUAAUAUGUUUAUCUAUAUAGAUUAAGGUGUAACUCACGUACAGAUGGCAUCAGGAGGAGAAUACAUCAAUUAAAAUGAUUAGAUCAUACCAUUUAUAUUGGGUGGCUCUUUAAAAGUAUUAAUCACAAGUAUCAUAUAAGUAUUCUAAUUUACAAUUCAAUAUCGACCUAUAAAUGAAUAGUUUUGCAGGUUAGAUUAGUGACCUUGACUUUAGAACUGGAUCAUCAAACUUUUAUCCAGAUAUCCCAACUUUUUUGAGUAAUCUUUAUGAUACAGAUUGUCAAAUUAAUACUUGCCCAGCCACAGCUCAAACAACCAUUUUGGCUAAUUUCUAUAAUGGUGGCUAAAUACUUACUAAAACUAUCACUUUUUAUAAUAAACGAUUUGUAUUAUUUGGCUGGAUAAAAUUAAAUGAACUACCAGAUGUAUAAAUAUCUUUAGUAUAUAAAAUAGAUUCGAUCCCUUGAAACUGUAUUCAUUAGAGCUACAUUUCGAAAGAUUUAUCAUGGAGAUAAAUAUUAAGGAGAGAAAGCAUUGUAUUGGAAAUACUAUUAAAGUACUAUGCGUGAUGAUGAUAAUGGGUUUGAAGUAUCUACUUAUCAUAAUGAUCCUCAAAGUGAAAAUCUAAAAUACCAAACAUUAGAGAGUGAUACUUUUCUUUAAAAAUCUUCAUAUUUUAAGGAUGCUGUUACAUUUUGGCAUUGGUUUGUAUAUCAAGAAGGAUUACCAAAUUCUAAAAUUGAACUUAAUAUCUAUUUUGGAUCUAAAAAAGAAGAGUUAAGUUACUAAAUGACUCAAGAUCAUUAUGAAAAAGUUACUUAUUAUUUCAAUAUUGGAGGAGAUAAAUUCAUUAAAGGUUUUUCAGGUGAAGUUCGUAAUCUAACAUUUUCCUUUUGUUAAUUAAAUGAUGAUAAACCUAAAAGAUGUAUAAACAAUAUGUUAUUUAAAAAGAUUGUCAUUAUAGUUGUAAUACAUGUUUUGGACCAAAUGAAGAUCACUGUAUUGACUGUGUACCAUAAGCUAUAUCAAAAAGAUCUUUAAAUGGAACUUAUUGUCCUUGUAUUCCAACUUAUUUAGAUGUGGGUGAACCAUAUUGCUAAAGUAAAUUUUAAGUAUUAGGUGGAAUAAAUAUAUAAGAAGGAUUAAUUUCAGAUACAUCAGGUUGUUAAAGGAAUUAGUUUUUGGUGAAGAUGAAUGAUAUUUCUUAUUGUUUAGAUUGUCCUGGAGCUAUCACUUCUUAUGGUUUAUAUUGUAUAGAUUGUGUAUAUAAUCCUACAACAUGGUAUUAAAAUCCAAUUUGUACAAUUGAUUACUUAAUGCCUAUGACUGAUUCAACUGAUUAUAUAUUUACUAGAAGAGAUAGGAAACAAAAAGAUUAUGAAUACUAUCUAAUCAAUAAAUAUAAUAAUUAAGAUAAACCAAUUUUAGAACCUUGUUUUGGUUGUUAUGGAUAAACUAAUAGCACUAUAAAUUUUAUAGAAAGAUAUACAAUGAAUACAAUAUCUAAGAUUUUAUGUAAGAAUUGUUAUACAUCUAUAAAUGGGGAAUGUGUUAAUUUAAUUCCUCAUUGUGAUGAAUGUGAUAAUAAAUAAUAAUGUAAAAUUUGUGAAUAGAAUUAUACUUUAUUUGAAUCUUAAUGUUAUCAAUGUCCUAUUGAAUGUCCUAAUUGCAAAUAUAAUACUACUGGAUAUUAUUGUAAAAGUUGUAAUGAAGGAUAUUAUUACAAUUCUACAUUUGAGUAAUGUUAAUAAUGUGGUUAAUUUUGCUAAAUAUGCUUUUAUUCAAACUUACUCAAUCUAUUAUAAUGUGUUAAAUGUAUUGAUACUGUGGAUUAUUUUAUUGCAUCUGAAUUUACAUAAUGUUUACCAAAAAAUAAACCUCAUUGUAAAAGUUAAGUAUAUGAAAUUAGCCGUACUUUUACAAAUGAGACAUUUCUUUCAACAUAAUAUAUAUUUAGUAUUGAUUUAAGGGCUGAUUUAAUUUCAUAUCCAACUGUAGAUAUAUGUUUAAAGUGUGAUCCACAUUAUAUUAAUGUCAUUAUAGUUCGAAAAUUAUAUGGAUGUUAUAGUGUAAAUGAAGUAGAAGGUAUUACAGGGAUGGCUUUACCUUUGGUUUUGAAGAAUAAAGUAAUCAAUGAUGCCAAUUUUGAAUUAGGCUAUCAUGAAAUGUAGACCAAAGAUGGUACUGAAAAUUAUUAUAUUAUGUUUGGUGAUCCUAUAAUUGAUGGCAAUUAAAAAUAUAAUCCUAUUGUAAUAAGAUAAGAAAAACCAAAUCAAAAAGUAUGUUUAGAUAAAAAUUGUGAAUAUUGCAUUUAAAAUUAUGUAUACACUCAAGAAUAUUGUAUUAAAUGUUUUAAACCAUAUUAUGCACAUAAAUUAUAAGGAAAUUGUAUCUUAUGUCCACCUUCUUGUAUAGAAUGUGAAUUUGUUCAUUAAAUUUAUAAGGAUGGAUGGAAAUCAGAUCUUUUGCCUGCUUAUCAAUUAAGAGGAAAACAGGAAUUACAUCACUUUAAUACGUAUUCGCUUUCUACUAAUGUUGAUGAUUAUGAAGUAUAUUGUUUACUGUGUGCUGAUGAUGGUAUUUUACAUAAUGGAAAAUGUUAUCCAAAAUGUCCAUGUAAAUAAUGUAUUAUAGAAAAUGAUGAAGUAAAAUGUAUUACCUGUGAAAAUUCAAUUAAAACAGUUAUUAAUAAUUAAUGUACUCAAUGUCCAUAAUUUUGUGAAUUAUGUAGAGAAUUUACAAAUGAGGAAAUUACUCAAAUUAAUCCAUACUUCGAUUUAUAAAGCACUACUUAUAGAAAAUAUGCAAAAUAAUGUUUAAAGAGAGAUAUUAAUGAUCCUGCUGAAGGAAUCUUAUAUAAUGAUCCUUCUUUAGGUUAAGAAAUUAAUUGUAAAAAUCCUGAUAAAAAAGAUUGUUAUUUUUAUGUUGAACUCUAAUAAUCAAUCUAUUGUGGAAAAGAUUAAUAUCAAUAAAAUCUUGAUCUAGAAAUUGAUGAUGAUGCCAAACAAUAUUUUAAAAAAUAUAAUUAACCUUUGGAAAAUUUGUUUUCAUAAAAAAAUUCCAGUCAUUUCGAGAUUGAAACAGAUUUCUUAUUCAACGAAUUAAAUGUUAAAAGUGUUAAAUUAGUUAGAUAUAUUGUAAAUAUAUUACCAAAUAGUGGAGAUUGUAAAAUUAAUAAAAAUACAUUUAUUUAAUCUAAUAUUAGAUCCAAUGUAUUUACAGUAAAAUUCUUAGAAUUAAUAAUCUAAUCUUAAAAUGA